UAGAAGAGAGAGACAAAACAGAACCAUAUGAAGAGAAGUGAGGCAUGCAUAGAUUUGAGAGAUUGGUGUGUGAUCACGUUGAUUGAUUAUGGUCUUCUAAUGCCUCAUCAUAGUCUAUCUGUCUUCCGUUUCUAUUCUCUUCUCAUCUCACUAUUUUAUUCAUUCUCUUUCCUUCAUCCAGCUCACUCUCUUCCGUUUCUUUCCCUAUAAAAUUAACUCCUUACCUUCCUCCAAUAUUUCUCUUAAUCAUACUUAACGUGCACUCAACCACAUUCAUCACAACUCACACCCUUCAUAAGCUUUGUGUUUUUUCGUAGAAACAAAGAUCUGAUCAUGACUAUGAUGAGCAGCAGCAACAACAACGUUGGAGAAUUUGGAGACACCACUCUGACCAAGGUUUUUGUUGGGGGCUUAGCUUGGGAGACUCCGAAGGAUGCCCUUAAAGACCACUUUGAGAAGUAUGGUCAGAUCCUUGAAGCUGUCAUCAUUUCCGAUAAGCACACUGGCAAAUCCAAAGGCUAUGGCUUUGUGACUUUCAAGGAGGCUGAGGCUGCCAAGAAGGCUUGUGAGAAUUCAACAACUCUCAUUAUCAAUGGCCGUCGAGCGAAUUGCAAUCUUGCUUUCCUAGGUGCUCGUCGCCCAAGGUCUUCUUCCAAUGUUUCACCUCCUCCACCGCAAGCACAAGGGGGAUCCAACGGUGGAAUAGUGAAGAAUGUUAACAAUGCAUCAGGUCCACCACCAGCCAUUAAUCACGUGCAGCCAUAUUAUUAUCCAGUGAGGACAACUGCUCUGCCAUUCCAUAAUCACACUCUUCCUUUCUAUGGGUAUGCGCCUACCUACAUUGUUACUGACGUAAACUACAAUUACAAUCAGAAUCAGAAACUGUGCUAUGGUAGCGGUGGGGCCUACAUGAAUGGGCAGCAUGUGUACCCGAGGCAGGCUAUUGUGGGCGGCAACACACUGAUGCCAAUGUAUCCUCUCUAUCAGUAUCACCAUCCAACGGAGACCAUUGGCGUGCCAGCUCAUCACAACUUUUAUCAAACGGCACCGUGGGUCCCAAUGACCAUCAUGUCCAAGCCAUCGUCUAUCGUUCCUCACACAGGUACAGUUGGCACAGGUGAGUGUUUUAAAAGGGUUGUCUGAGAGGAGCUUAGUUGGCUAAAUAACAGCAGAGGGAGGGGAUAUGAUGGUGGUGGCCGCACAGAGCAACAUUAUUAUCUGAUCUGUCGUGGCUUUACUUUCCUUUUUUUGUUGUCUUUCAAACAUUGUUUCAUUUUUAGUUGUUAAUCGUAGGCAUUUUGUUCUUGAUGAGAUUCUUUCAUUCUCUUUAUCUGUCUAACAUAUCAGCAUGUGCUGUGAACAGUUGCAUUCAGUUGAAAUUAUCGUUUUAAUUUGUUCACUAGUGUUGUAAAGAAAAUUAUAUUUUUAAAGGCUAGCAUUAGUUCUU